AUGGACAGAGCAUCACAUCUCAGCAUCGUCGUCGACCUGUCUCCCACUCACUGGUACCUUUCGUCAACACGAACGCAACAGAACUCUCGGCCUUUGUCGCUCAAAUCAUUUUUGUCACAACUACUUGUCUUCAUGAACUCGCACAUAGCCUGCAAGGAUGAAAAUACACUCGCCGUCUUCGGCGCCUUACCCGGGCGUAGUCUCAUGCUAUACUCGUCGACCAACGAGGCCUCAGGCAACACAUUCGAUAUCGCGGAUGCCGAUACGUAUCGGCCGUUCAAAGUUCUCGACGCGGCGGUCAUGCAGACAAUAGCGCAGCAGGUAGAGACGCUCGGCGCGUCAGACCUUGAGAAGCCUAUCGAGGUAGUCGGGGCGCUUACCAAGUCGUUGUGCUACAUAAACCGUACCACGACGACAUCACCCACACAAACAAGCGAGAAAACCACAUCCCUCGACCCCCGCAUUCUCAUACUCUCUGUUUCACCCGACCAGUCUUCAUCUUAUAUACCGAUCAUGAAUUCAAUCUUCUCUGCUCAGAAGCUGAAAGUGACAAUAGACGUUUGCAAGAUCUAUGGUUCUGAGAGCGUAUUUCUGCAGCAGGCAGCACAUUUGACUGGAGGCUCGUAUCUUCACCUCGAAAGAGCAGACGCUCUACUGCAAUAUCUGACUAUGUCCUUCCUUGCGCCUCCUGGUAUUCGUCAGUUGCUGUCGGUGCCCACUCAAGAUAAGAUCGACUUUAGAGCCGCAUGUUUCUGCCACAAACGAAUCGUAGACAUUGGGUUCGUCUGCUCUGUGUGUUUAUCCAUAUUCUGCCAGCCUGUACCUGUGUGUUCCACAUGCCGCACGAAAUUCCCCAUCAAGACCCUCCAGCGCCUCAACGCGGCACGGCCAACCGCCAUGACCCCUGUUUCAAAUGUCAAUGGAGGCCAGUCUGCUGCGCACAAUGGAUCACGGUAG